GUAGUUUUGGUACAUAUGUGUCUCACUGAAGCCGUCUUUUCUUAUUUUGAACCAGAUAUCUCGGAAAUAGAGUCCAACCGAUCUUUUCCUCCUGAGGAGAGACGCCAGCAGUACUCUGAUCAGGAUUAUCAUUCCUCCAGUGAGAAGCUGAAGGAGAGGCCGAGUUCAAGAGAGGACACCUCAGGCCGACUGUCCAGGAUGGGCGCCACACCCACUCCAUUCAAGUCCACAGGGGACAUCACAGCUGCAGGUGCCACUGAGGCCAAGGAGCCCAAGUACCAGGAAGAAAUGCCAGUGCCUCAACCCAGAACGGCCCCAAGAACUUUUCUUCACCCUAGUCCUGAAGAUGGAGCAAUAUACGGCCCUAACACCAAAAUGGUGAAGUUCAAGAAGGGCGAGAGCGUGGGCCUCCGCUUGGCUGGUGGAAACGAUGUUGGGAUAUUUGUGGCUGGCAUUCAGGAGGGCACCUCAGCAGAGCAGGAGGGCCUGCAAGAAGGAGACCAGAUUCUGAAGGUGAGGAAGCCCGCCCCCUAGCGGCGACUUUGGAAGGU